AUAGAAACGCUUUUCUGCUGUCCUCUCUCGGGGGUCUUAAUUUUUCGGCUAUGGGCACCCGAGGUGGGUGGCCUUGGCUUUUGUUGCCGUCGCCUCCCCGACCAGCGACCUGUCUUUGGGGUCCAGUGUAAGGUCCCGCUGGUCGAGACCUGCCGUGUGGAGUGGGAUGGACUGGCUGCGGGACCAAGUCCCCUGCAGUUGGCAGGACUAUGGGGCGGAGUGAUGCACGCUCGCGCGCCCAGUCUCCUUCUAGUUGUCGGAGACAUAGCUUCGGACCGCGCGCUGCCAGGGGCUGCUUUCCCGAGCCGGGAGCCCCCUUCCCGGGGCUGGAGCCACGCUACGCAGCCAGCGAGAGGUCCCCAAGGACGGAGUCGAAAGAUCCGUAAUGCCUCCUGCCUGCCUCUUUCAAGAUGGAGGGGAAGCUUGUGGAAGAGCCUACUCAAGAGGUGCCUAAACUCAAACUUUCCACCAAGGUAGAAAGCACAGGACACUGGGUGGUGGAAGAUCAUGCUCGAAUAUGGGAAGUUUUUAAGACGGAGGAGAGCUCGAUUCAGGACUGGGGUGAAGAGGUAGAAGAAGGAGCUGUUUACCAUGUCACCCUCAAAAGAGUCCAGAUUCAACAGGCUGCCAAUAAAGGAGCAAGAUGGCUAGGGGUUGAAGGGGACCAGCUGCCUCCAGGACAUACAGUCAGUCAGUAUGAGACCUGUAAGAUCAGGACCAUAAAAGCUGGCACCUUGGAGAAACUUGUCGAGAACUUGCUGACAGCUUUUGGAGACAAUGACUUUACCUAUAUCAGCAUCUUCCUGUCAACCUACAGAGGUUUUGCUUCCACUAAAGACGUGCUGGAACUGCUGCUGGACAGGUACGGAAACCUGACAGGCUCAAGCUCUGAGGAAGAUGGAAGCCCAAGUUCGUCAGAGGCCAAGACGGUGAUCAGGAACGCCAUCGCGUCAAUCCUGAGGGCCUGGCUUGACCAAUGUGCAGAAGACUUUCGAGAGCCACCUCACUUCCCUUGCUUACAAAAACUGCUGGAUUAUCUCAAAAGGAUGAUGCCAGGCUCUGACCCGGAAAGGAGAGCACAAAAUCUUCUUGAGCAGUUUCAGAAACAAGAAAUGGAAACUGACAAUGGGCUUCCCAGCACCAUCUCCUUCAGCCUGGAAGAGGAAGAGGAAGCAGAAGGUGGAGGGCCAGCAGAAUUCACUUGCUUCUCAGAAGAUCUUGUGGCAGAGCAGCUGACGUACAUGGACGCACAACUAUUCAAGAAAGUUGUGCCUCACCAUUGCUUGGGCUGCAUUUGGUCUCAGAGGGAUAAGAAGGAGAACAAACAUUUGGCUCCUACAAUCCGUGCUACCAUUUCUCAGUUCAAUACCCUCACUAAAUGUGUGGUCAGCACCAUCCUGGGCAGCAAAGAACUCAAGACCCAGCAGAGAGCCAGAAUCAUUGAGAAGUGGAUUAACAUUGCUCAUGAAUGUAGAAUCCUGAAGAACUUUUCCUCCUUGAGGGCCAUCGUUUCAGCACUGCAGUCUAAUUCCAUCUAUCGCUUGAAAAAGACCUGGGCUGCCGUCCCAAAGGACCGAAUGCUAAUGUUUGAAGAACUUUCAGAUAUCUUCUCAGACCAUAAUAACCAUUUGACCAGCCGGGAACUACUGAUGAAGGAAGGAACCUCCAAGUUUGCAAACCUGGACAGCAGUGUGAAGGAAAACCAGAAGCGAACCCAGAGGCGGCUGCAGCUGCAGAAGGAUAUGGGUGUGAUGCAGGGAACUGUACCCUACCUGGGUACCUUCCUGACCGACCUGACCAUGCUGGACACUGCCCUUCAGGACUACAUUGAGGGAGGACUGAUUAACUUUGAAAAAAGGAGAAGGGAAUUUGAAGUGAUCGCCCAGAUAAAGCUCUUACAGUCUGCUUGCAACAGCUAUUGCAUGACCCCCGACCCCAGGUUCAUCCAGUGGUUCCAGCGGCAGCAGCUCCUCACAGAGGAGGAGAGCUAUGCCCUCUCCUGUGAGAUUGAAGCAGCAGCUGAAGCCAGCACCACUUCGCCCAAGCCUCGGAAGAGCAUGGUGAAGAGGCUCAGCCUCCUGUUUCUGGGGUCUGACGUUAUCCCCAGCAGCACCCCGACCAAAGAGCAGCCCAAGUCCACAGCCAGCGGGAGCUCUGGUGAGAGCAUGGACUCGGUCAGCGUGUCGUCCUGCGAGUCGAACCACUCCGAGGCGGAGGAGGGCUCCACCACCCCCAUGGACACCCCCGACGAGCCCCAGAAAAAGCUCUCUGAGUCUUCCUCAUCGUGUUCCUCUAUCCACUCUAUGGACACAAACUCCUCAGGGAUGUCGACCUUACUCAACCCCCUCUCUUCCCCGCCAUCCUGCAACAACAACCCUAAAAUCCACAAGCGCUCUGUCUCUGUGACGUCCAUCACCUCCACCGUGCUGCCCCCUGUGUACAACCAACAGAACGAAGACACCUGCAUCAUUCGCAUCAGCGUGGAAGACAACAAUGGCAACAUGUACAAGAGUAUCAUGUUGACAAGCCAGGAUAAAACCCCUGCUGUGAUCCAGAGAGCAAUGCUGAAGCACAAUCUGGACUCAGACCCCGCCGAGGAGUACGAGCUCGUGCAAGUCAUCUCGGAGGACAAAGAACUUGUGAUUCCAGACUCAGCGAAUGUCUUUUACGCCAUGAACAGCCAAGUGAACUUCGAUUUCAUUUUACGCAAAAAGAACUCAAUGGAAGAACCAGUGAAACUGCGUAGCCGCACCAGCUUGACAUUGCCCAGGACAGCCAAACGGGCCUGCUGGAGUAACAGGCACAGCAAGAUCACCCUCUGAGCAGGGGCCUCAGGGACCCAGGGCUCGCCCAGAGCAGAGUCGGGGGAGAACCAGCCUGGGGAUUGCCACUACCAUCCAGUGUUAGCAGGUCAUCGGUGAAGUCAACAGGUAUUUACUGAGUACCUGUGGUGCGCAGAGCACUGUGUAGGGAAAUUGGAAAUGACGCCGACAUGAAAAGAAAGAAUGAUUUACUGAUCUAUCCUCUUUGACUUUUUUUGAGACUGAAAUACAAAAUUAUCCACAUUUUAUAUAUAUAUGCACACAUAUUUAGUAUAUAUAUAUAUGUAUACAAUAUAUACAAUAUAUGUAUACAAUAUACAUAUAUAUAUAUAUACACACACAAUAUAUGAGAGAGACUUUAUGGGAUGUUCAGAACUAUGGAAAGACAAAUUUGCACAAUGGCCUGGGAAGUUGAGGUCACUUUUUACAGGGAAAUAGAAGGAACUGAGAACCUAAUCUUGUACUUCCCAAGUAAGUAGAGUCAAUCAGCCCUAGGAGUUCAGAGUAUCCUUUGUGCCAGUAUUACAAGAAGUCCAAGCUUUAUUUUUGUAAAGGGAGAGGAUUACUUUCUCGAUCAAGUGCCACCACACGGAACCACUGCAGAGGCUGGAACUGUCACAGGCUGAAUGAAAGGCCACUUUGGGAAGGGUUUGGAUAAGUCGGUGGCUUCCGGCCUCUGCAUCUACCGAUUUCCACUCCCAGGGAGGGCCAGGAAGAGCUCCGAGGCCCCAACACCCCACUGGCUGCCAUCACACACUUUGAGUCACGGCCUUACCACCCUGAGCGUGCCCAAUCUCAUCUGGAGUCAACACAAGCCCCUUUGAUUUCUGGCACCCGUUGUUUCUGUUUUAUCUCCUAAAGAACGUAUCAUCAUCAUUGCACAAAAGCCAUGCUUUCUGAUAACUCAUCAGCCAGAAGAGAAAACACAAAAGAAUGGUGACUCAUUUGGACUCUCAUCUCUCUUGAAUGCCACUACUUCAUGGCCUUUUCUGAUUGCCUUUUGCAUGUAAAAAUGUCUGGAGUUUUUGCCAUCUGGAUCCUAGUACCUCUGUAUUAUGUGCAAUUUGUUCCUCAGGUGUAGACAAUUUCAACUGCGAUUGACUACAUUUGAUCAGUUUGAGCCUGUGAAAGAUUUCCGAGUAGUGAUUCCCCUGUCACUGGCCCCACAGAAGAUGUUCCUUGCUGAUUUCAUCAUCUAUUUUACUUGUACAGUGUUCCUAUGCCUCAUCACAGGGAAAGAAACAGGAGUGCUUAUUUUGUCUCAGUCCUUUCUCAAAGGGGUACGUUCUUCCAGAUGGAAUCAGUAGUAUUUUCAGGCCCCCACAUUUGCUAUCAUGGUGUCACUGCUAAGUGACAUAUCUGUCUCUAGUAACACCAUCAUACUCUUUCUUCCAAAUCUGAGCUAUGCUGGUGUUUGAACUAAAAAGCCAUAUGUAGGAAGUUGUCGUGUUAAAAGAAAAGCACUUUCAAAUUGUUUUUUUUUUUUUUUUUUUUUUUUUUUUUU